ACCGCCGCGGGGCAUGCUGGGGCUUGUAGUGCAGCGGCCAGGGCGCCCGCCGGCCGCCAUGUGCGCGGCGGCCCGCGGCGGGCGGGCGGCGGCCCGGCGGCUGAGCGCGGCCGCAGCCGGGGCUGGGGGGGCGGCAGGAGCGAGCCGGGUCGGCGGUGCAGCCGGUGCCCCAAAGCGCAGCAGGAGGGGGAAGAGCAUCACCAUCGCCUAUGAAUCCGCGCAGGGGGAUGGUGCCGAGGAGGGGGUGCCCAAGCCCAAGAGACCAAAGUGGGAGCCAAGGCACUGGCAACAGCAGCUGGAGCGUAUCCGGGAAAUGAGGAGCAGCAGAGAUGCUCCCGUGGAUCAUAUGGGAGUGCAGAAGUGUUACGACAGCAGCGUGCCUCCGCAGGUUAUGCGCUACCAGGUCCUGCUGUCGCUGAUGCUGUCCAGCCAGACCAAGGACGAGGUGACGUCGGCAGCCAUGUCGCGCCUGAGGCAGCGUGGCCUCACAGUCGACAGUAUUUUGCAGAUGGAUGAUGCGACGCUUGGGCAGAUCAUUUAUCCUGUAGGAUUCUGGAGGAACAAGGUGAAGUACAUAAAACAGACGACAGCCAUCCUGAAGCAGAAGUAUGGGGGCGACAUACCAAGCACUGUGGAGGAGCUGGUGAAGCUGCCAGGAGUUGGGCCCAAAAUGGCCCACUUGGCUAUGCACAUCGCUUGGAACAGUGUGUCCGGGAUAAGUGUGGACACCCAUGUGCACAGAAUCACAAACAGGCUGAAGUGGGUGAAGAAGGAGACCAAAUCCCCUGAGGAAACUCGGGUGGCACUGGAGGACUGGCUGCCCAGGGAUCUCUGGAGGGACAUAAACUGGCUCUUGGUGGGCUUUGGCCAGCAGACCUGCCUGCCUGUGAAUCCUCGCUGCAGAGAGUGCCUCAAUCAAGACAUUUGCCCUGCUGCUAAGAGACGCUGACAGAUCAACCAUGCAACCAAUGCCACAGAGCUGCUUCAGCACAGCAGCAGCCCAGAGCUGAGCCCUAGUAAGGACAUUUUGCACGGGGCUGAGUGUGUGACUUCAGGGAAAGAGGAGCUGCAGCCAGCUCAGCAUCUCUGGGGAAGGAGACGCUUGCCUUGCAAUGUCUGAGCUCUCAGGAGGGAAAAAGUGUCUUUAAAAGUGCAUCAGUCCUGCUGCAGCAGUGCUGCAGGCUCCAGGUCCUGUUUGAAUGCCCAUGCAUGGCCCAGAAGAGCGGCAGGCUACGCAGUGUCAGGAGCAGCUGGCAAGAAACCCUUUGUCCUGCAGAACCUACUGCUGCUUGUAAAUAUACAUUUAAUAAAGGUGAGGGGGGGGGCUCUUUCCACCCA